AAUUUUUCUGCUUAUCCAAAAACUAACAUCUCUUCUCUCUUUUCUCCGAAAAUCGGUAAAAAUACAAUCGACGAAGCAAACAAAAGUCUUCUUCGACUUUGAUUGUUUUUUUUUAUUUAAAUAUCUGAAAAUCUAUUUUUUUCUGAGAAAAUUCAUUGCAGAGUUGAUACAAUAGGAGAAACUUUACAAAAUAAUUACAUUUCCAUCCAAUAGAAUCUCGAUUUCUGAGCAACGAUUUGAUUUUUCUCGGAUUCUCCGUCGGAAAAUUUCAAUAGAAUCUGCUGGAGAAAGCUCUCUAGAUCUUGUAUAUGAUUAGGACACUGAAAGUCAAAAAAUAAUUUUGUUCUCAUACAUUUGAUAAAAUGAGUUUGGUUGGGAGAGUUGGGAGUUUGAUUUCUCAAGGGGUUUACUCUGUUGCUACACCGUUUCAUCCCUUUGGUGGUGCCAUUGAUGUCAUCGUUGUUCAACAAGAAGACGGCUCUUUUCGGAGCACUCCCUGGUACGUUAGGUUUGGUAAGUUCCAAGGAGUUCUAAAAGGGGCAGAGAAGUUUGUGAAGAUCUCUGUUAAUGGCAACGAAGCUGACUUCCACAUGUAUCUUGAUAACUCUGGUGAAGCUUAUUUCAUCAGGGAAGUUGAUCCUACUGCUAGUGAAACCAACAGUGUGGUUUCUAGUUCUGAGGAUGGUAAUGAGAGGGUUUUAACUCUUGAGCAUAGUUCAUCAGACGUUGGUGUUGGGGAGUUAAGAGAAGGUUUCAACUCUUUGAACCGGCUUGAUAGGACGGAGUCUGAUAACAAUAGGAGGUAUUAUGAUUUUCAGGAUGAUCCUCCUUCUCCUACUUCGGAGUAUGGGAGUGCUAGAUUUGAUAAUUUGAAUGUGGAGAACUAUGAAGAUUCUCCAGGAACUGAUUCUGAAGUGGUUUUGGUGAGUAUUGAUGGGCAUAUACUAACGGCUCCUGUGUCAGCGGCGGAACAGGAGGCUGAGAAUUUGAGGUUGAAUACUCCUCAGUUUCAUUUGGCUCCUGGUGAUGGGACUGAGUUUUGUGAAGGGAAUACUGAGUUUGCUUCCUCUGAGACUUCAUGGGAAACUGAGUUUAUCAGCAAAGUGGAGCCAUCCAAUGCUGUUAAUGUUGGACCUGAAAAAGUAGACACUGGGAGCGCUGAGCGUAGUGAUUUUGAUUCCCAUUCUCGUGGUUGUACGGACAAAAAUUCUCAUGAUGCUGAAAGAGAUAUUGUUGGGAGCUGUUUGGAGCAGUCUGAGAUGACACAGUCUGGUGAGAAUGCCAAGUCUGAGGAGCUAACUUCUACUUUUGAGGGUGAGAAUCUUCAAGAAGGCGAGCUUGUACCUACUACCACCAUCACAGAAAGUGUUAGAGGUGAUGAUGAUGAAGUGGCUAUUAAAACAAGAGAUACUAUUGUUGAUGGUUCUGAAUCUACUACAGUUCAACUAACAACAGAGGAAUCCAAGAUAGCUGUUCAUUCUAAUACAGAGUCAGAAUGUGAAGAUGAAGAGACAAGUCCUUCUGCAGAAACUACCAUCUUGGUUGAGAACCAGGAAAUCGAGAUUGUAGAGUCAGAAGGGAGAGUCUCUAUAGAUUCAACGAGAGAGGAUGAUGAGCAACUAACUCCAUCUAAACCUACUGAGGAGGAAAACGAGAACAUGAACACUACAGACUCAGUGGCUGCGAGUUCUAGUGUGGACAAUCUGAAGUAUGAGCUAUCACUUUGCAAAGACGAGCUUCGUCAAGGUAUGGGACUCAGCGCAGCUGCUGAAAUCUUUGAUACACAUCGAAUCUCCAUAGAAGAAUACAAAAACUCAGCAACAUCAAUCCUCGAAAGUGAAAAUUUAGUUGUUAGGAUUAGAGAAACUUACAUGCCAUGGAAGAAAGCUGCUAGAAUCGUGCUGGGGAAAGCUGUGUUUGAUCUAGACUUAGAUAUUCAGCCAGAUGAUGUGAUCUCUGUGGAGGAUACCAAACCCAAGGAUGAUGAAGCUGCUGCAGUAACUCCUUCUUCAUCUGGAAGAAGAUGGAGACUCUGGCCUAUUCCUUUUAGGAGGGUGAAAACGAUUGAGCAUACGACGAGUAGUAACUCCUCGAGUGAAGAAGAUCUGUUUGUUGACUCUGAACCUGGCUUACAAAACUCACCGGAAAUACUAUCAACCAAUGAGUCUCCGCGUAGACAGCUUGUGAGAACCAAUGUCCCUACCAAUGAGCAGAUUGCGUCUCUGAAUCUGAAAGAUGGUCAGAAUAUGAUUACUUUUAGUUUUUCUACGAGAGUUCUUGGAACACAACAGGUUGAUGCACAUAUUUACCGGUGGAGAUGGGACACCAAGAUUGUAAUUUCAGAUGUUGAUGGAACUAUAACUAAGUCUGAUGUGUUAGGUCAGUUCAUGCCUUUGGUUGGAAGGGACUGGACACAGUCUGGUGUGGCCAAGCUUUUCUCAGCCAUUAAGGAGAAUGGAUACCAGCUGCUGUUUCUGAGCGCUCGUGCCAUUGUUCAGGCAUAUCUAACAAGAAGUUUCUUAAAUAAUCUAAAGCAGGAUGGAAAAGCUUUACCAAACGGUCCUGUAGUCAUUUCACCAGACGGGCUGUUUCCAGCAUUGUACCGUGAAGUGAUAAGAAGAGCACCUCACGAAUUCAAGAUCGCAUGUUUGGAGGAUAUCAAGAAACUUUUCCCAGAGCACCACAACCCGUUCUACGCUGGAUUUGGGAAUAGAGACACUGAUGAGCUAAGUUACAGCAAACUCGGAAUCCCCAAGGGAAAGAUAUUCAUAAUCAACCCAAAGGGAGAGGUGGCAACAGGACAUCGAGUUGAUGUCAAGAAGUCUUACACAUCUCUCCAUACUCUUGUCAAUGACAUGUUCCCUCCAACUUCGCUUGUUGAGCAGGAAGAUUAUAACCCGUGGAACUUCUGGAAACUACCAAUUGAAGAGGUUGAAUGAAGAAAUCAGUUAGAAAUGAGCUGCCGAUGGGUCUAACAUGACAGCUGCAGAAAGUCAAUGAUUGGAUUUCUGGAACCUGUCCGAACUUUGUAAUGUCUCAUGUAGGAGUUGACACAAUAGUAAAAAAAACAAUAUAUAAGCUGUGACAAUGUAUACGAUCUUAUUUAAUUAAUAAUUUUUUCUGUUUUAGAUACUUAAAAAGUAGUCGAAAAUCUUUGCAUUUUGUACGUAUUAGUUAACAAUCGUUGUAGAAUACCACUCAAGUUACAACUUAAUGGUCUAAAAGUUUAAAG